AUGCGGCGGGAAGCGGGAGCCGGUCUGGGGCGGCGAUGGCUGCUGCUGGCAGCCCUGCUGUGUGCUCUUGGCUGCUCCGCGGCGGGGAGCGGAGGCCGGCGGCGGGCGGCCAGCCUAGGCGAGAUGCUUCGGGAGGUGGAGGCGCUUAUGGAGGACACGCAACACAAGCUGCGCAAUGCGGUGCAAGAGAUGGAAGCUGAAGAGGAAGGAGCAAAAAAACUGUCAGAAGUAAACUUUGAAAACUUACCUCCCAACUACCAUAAUGAAUCCAACACAGAAACCAGAAUUGGUAACAAAACUGUUCAGACUCAUCAAGAAAUUGAUAAGGUUACAGAUAACAAAACUGGAUCAACAGUUUUUUCUGAGACAGUUAUUACAUCUAUAAAAGAUGGAGAAAACAAAAGAAAUCAUGAGUGUAUUAUUGAUGAAGACUGUGAAACGGGGAAAUAUUGCCAGUUCUCCACCUUUGAAUACACGUGCCAGCUCUGUAAGACCCAGCAUAUGCCCUGCUCACGGGAUGUUGAAUGCUGUGGAGAGCAGCUGUGCGUUUGGGGCAAGUGCAGGAAAUCCACUUCAAAAGGAGAGAAUGGCACCAUUUGUGAGAACCAGCACGACUGCAACCCUGGAACGUGCUGUGCUUUUCAGAAAGAAUUACUGUUUCCUGUGUGCACUCCAUUACCUGAAGAAGGUGAACCCUGCCAUGAUCCUUCAAACAGACUUCUUAACCUGAUCACCUGGGAUCUAGAACCUGAUGGAGUACUUGAAAGAUGCCCAUGUGCAAGUGGCUUGAUCUGCCAAGCUAAGAGCUACAGCACUACAUCCGUGUGUGAACUGUCUGGUAAUGACACAGGGAAUAAUGAAAAAGAAGAUCCCUUAAUCAUGGAGGAAAUGCCAUUUCUCAGCUUGAUGCCCAGAGAUAUUCUUUCUGAUUAUGAAGAGAGCAGCGUCAUCCAGGAAGUGCGCAAAGAGUUAGAGAGUCUGGAGGACCAAGCAGCCUUGAAGCCUGAGCCCGAGUCAGCUCAUGACCUGUUUUUGGGAGAUGAAAUUUAAAGUCCAACCGACAGACAAUUCAGUUAUUUCUAGAAAUUCUGUCAGUGUCUUGCUUCUAUAAACCCUAAACACAUACUGCUGGAUAGAAGUGCAAUAAAUGGUCUGCAAUGCGCAUCCUUUACUGUGCACCAAACCUGCAUGUUCUAAUUAUUGAAUUAAUUUAAUCCUUGGACCAAACCUUAUGUCAAACAAAAAUGAGAAACAUAUAGAUUGGUAUUUUACCCUUGUACUUAAAUAAACUUAUCAGUGCUGGUGUGCAUUCAAGAAUACAUACAAGCAUAAGUAAUCUUAAGUUACUAGUGACUGUAGGAGUGACUUUUAUCUACAGUAAGAAUGAUUGCUUUGGAGUGGUUUAGUCACUGAUUUUAAGCAGUUUUAAUUUUUUUAUUUAAAAAAUACAAUUGAUGAAGGUGAUUCUGGAUGUCAUGUGCCCUCGGUUUAGUUGAAUAUACCCCAAGCUUCUUUUCAGGGGUGCACAAUGGAUGCCAUCUGUCCUGCAACAGUUGCACUGCAGUGCGAGUGUUAUACUUUCAUAUACAAGGGUUGCUGACCUCCCUUACUACAUAAAGAGCAUACCAAAACCACCACCUACAACCUUUUCCAUGCAAUUAACUGGCCACCACAUUAACAAAUACUAUGUACAUUCAUGUAUAGAUGUAACACAUAGGGUGGGAACUUUCCACUUGACUCUUUUGGGCUCUGUCUCAAGAGCAAAAUAGGGGAUUUGAAAUUGCAGAAGAGAGAGGUAACUAGGCUGAAUGCAGAGAAUACAGAUUCUCUAUUGUGCACUGUGUGUGAAGUUAUCAGUACACAGCUGCAGCUGCAGUGACAAGGCUGUGCCUAAGCUAGAGCCAAACACAGUGCCACAGGUUUGGCAGUAUUCUGCAUUGCAUGGACACACGUGCCUGGGUAACAGCAGUUAAAGGGUCUGCUGACCAUUCCAUCAUCACCUGCCUGUUCUGAGGGAGGCAGUGGACAGAAAUCUAUUACUUCACUUUAGCAGUAACACAACCUAAAGAUCUUGUAUUUAGAGAUGUGUGCAUCUCCUACUUGAUUUUAUUACAUACAAAGCAAAUUCUUUAUGGUUUGUGCUUUUAAUACCCUUUACAGGCAUAAAUCCGUGCAUGUUACCCAAUGUGAUUAUCACUACAUUUUCAGAGGUUGGUGAUUUAAGAAAUCAAUAGCAAGCCAGGAGUAAAAUCCAAUCCAUCACAGUUCCCAGCUGCCUCAGUUUGCUACAAUGGUUCUUACAUCAUUAAUGUUUUUUUUGGAGAGGUGUAGAUUUCACCAUCUGUUACUGCACAUGGUAAAACAUUACACAAGGUUCCUGCCAAGUAACUGUGUAGAGCUUCUUCCCAAGUAAUCCCUAAUGCUUAUGUCAAAUUUGGAACAGUAAGCACCAGUAACUUAACAAGA